CAGCAACAGCAACAGCACCAAAACUAAACCUCACAACUGCCUCUGCCCUUGCCUUUGACUUUACCUUUGCCGCUUCCGUUAGCCAAGAUGCCGCGCUGUCUGAUAGCCAAGAAAUGGAAGGCCUAUCCCUGGCUGGAUCGGUCCGAGGAUAACACACAACAGCCGCAGCAGCAACAGCAGCAGCAACAGCAGCAACAACAUGCCACAAACACAUCGACUACUUCCAGAGAUGAAGAACUGUCGCAUCUCAAAUCGCGUCGCUCCACCCUCGACGAUGACGAGGAGAUCGAUGUUGUGGGCGAUAAAUUCCUGACCAAGUUGGAAAAGCAACGCACAAGCAAUGCCUCAGCAGCAGCAGCAACAGCAGGAGCCACCACCGCAGAGGCCACAAAUAACAGCAGCAGCAGCAACAGCAAUGAGAGCACAACAGCAACAGCAACAGUGACAGCAACAACCACGACAUCGGCCAAGUGUUGGGGUCCAAGCUCCCCCACGGCGGGCACCACGGCGCCCAGUCCGCCGCCCCACUCCCCGGAGGCGGCGACGCGAGUGGCCAGCAAUGUUUACAACGGCUACACCCGCGAACUGUCACCGCUGCACUACACCGCGUACCUGCCCCGAAUGGAGAGCGAGAUCACCGUCAUCCGUGCUGCGGCCACAGCCCUGGUGGCAGCCGCCAACGGCAGCAGUCCGGCCGCAGAUCAGCACCUGGCCUCGUACCAGACACCGCCAUCGUCCACCACAUCGUCGCCCUCGUGCUCGCCCAGCGGCGCCGGCGAUCGGAUGGUGGACCGCUACAGUCCGCACAUCAAGAUGGAAACGGGCCAGACAUCGAGUGAGCGGAAGUGCUUCAGCAGCACGGGUGCCACGCUGUCGCUGCCGCCCAAGAAGAAGGACAUCUAUCGGCCGUACUCGCUGGACGACAAGCCGACGCAGGGGUACCGCAAGCGGAUACCCGCGGAGGAGGACCUGCAUGCGGCACAUGCCAUACUGGACCUGAGCGCCUCGACCGCCUUUCACCCGCCCACGCAGCCACACCAGCUGCAGCAGCAGCAACAGCAACAGCAGCAGCAGCAGCAACAGCAUCAUCAACAGCAUCACUUGCCUCUGCAGCAGCAACAUGCUCUGGUCCACACCCACUCGCACUCCCACUCCGCAUCGUUCGAGGCGCAUGCGCAUCUACGGAGCACGUCAUCGAUUGCCGAAUUGGCUGCUGCAGCCAGCGCGGUGAACGAACAACGCCCCUCGAGCAACGCCUCGAGUGCCAGCUCCCAGCACGCGAUGCCCAGCAGCCCGGCCAGCAGCAUCCUCAGCUGCAGCGGCAGCGGCAGUGGCAGCAGCGUGCAGAACGAGAACAGCAACACGACAAACACGAAUCAGGAGUGCGACGGCGGGUCGGUGGAUGGGGAGGCGGGCGGCACGCAGGCGGCCAAGACGGUGGCCUACACCUACGAGGCGUUCUUCGUGAGCGACGGCCGCUCCAAGCGGAAGCAUGUGGCAGAUCCUGCUGCCGUGGUGGUGCAGGACCAGGCGAAAACCAAGUACACCUGCUCCGAGUGCGGCAAGCAGUACGCGACCUCCAGCAACCUGUCGCGCCACAAGCAGACGCACCGCUCCCUGGACUCGCAGUCGGCCAAGAAGUGCCACACUUGCGGCAAGGCGUACGUGUCCAUGCCCGCCCUGGCCAUGCACGUGCUGACGCACAAACUCUCGCACAGCUGCGGCGUCUGCGGCAAACUCUUCUCGCGCCCCUGGCUGCUCCAGGGCCAUCUGCGCUCCCACACCGGCGAGAAGCCCUACGGCUGUGCGCACUGCGGCAAGGCCUUUGCGGAUCGCUCCAACCUCCGCGCCCACAUGCAGACGCACUCCGUCGACAAGAACUUCGAGUGCAAGCGCUGCCACAAGACAUUCGCGCUCAAGUCGUACCUCAACAAGCACCUGGAGUCGGCCUGCCUCAAGGACGAGGAGGAGCUGAUGAUGGCCAUGUCGCUGCACGGCCACGGCGGCGACAGCAACAGCGAAAGCGGCGCCAGCAUGGCCUCCUCCCCGCCACACGAGUUCCUCGAACGCGUCAAGGUGGAGACAGGAUCGGGACUGGGUGGCAACACCUAUGCCAUGUAAUGCACAGCGGCAAAUGCAAUGUUGAGUAAGUGGAAGGGCUGCCAUGCUGGUUAGUUAAUUUACCGUUAAUGUUAAAGUUACCGUUACCAUUUACCAUUUACAACUAGGCUACAACCGAUAGCAGUUUUUAUAUAGAAAUACGAAAUACGAUGCAUACAUCACAAUACGUCCAAAAGCAAAGUGUAGUAGAGUAACACAGAGACUGUAGAAAAUCGCAUUAGACACGUUAGGCAGCAAAAACAAAACAAAGAAAGCAAAGAAACAAACAAAACAAACAACAAAUCGAACAAACAGCAAAAAGAAAAGACACCCAACCCAUUCCCAUUCCAAGCUGAUUCUUCUUAUUAAGCUAAGAAAGAGUUGAAGAACAUUCCCAAACAAAACCCAACAUUCCAUACACACACACACACACACACACUAACACACACAAACACAGAGAGCCUUGUGUAUGAGGUAUGGCUAUAUACCGAAUGCAUUCCGUAAACCUGAACAAAAAACUAAGCAAUUCUAUGCCAGAGCGCAGCUAUCUCUAAUCUAUCCAACAACAACAAAAACAACAACAAAAAACUACUUAACGAAGCAAAACAUAUAUACAUACCGAUAUAUAUAUACAUAUAUACCUACUAUAUAGAGUGUACUAUAUAAUCUGUAGCUGAUGCAAAAAGCAAACGUUUUUAAUCUCCACAACUCUAACUCUAACUCUCUCUCUCUCUAACUCUAUAACUCUCCAAGAAGAAACACUCUCCCCUAACCCUAGACCUAACUCUAACUGUAGCUCGAUGAAAAUAUCUCUCUCUAUCUCUCUCUAACUCUAAAUCUAAUGCUAAACACUAACUCUAAAUCCUUAAUCGACAACGUGACGAAGACGAAGUGAUUAAAAUUAAUGCAACGAAUUACAAAAGCAAAUGCAAUGUUUCUCAAACAACGAAUUAGGUCUUAAGGGCAGCCUAUCUAUAAGCAGAAUAUUACGCGUGGUGGCCCCACUCAAUUGGGGGGUUGGGGCCAACCUACCGAACAAACAAUUUUAAACUAAGUCACCACAAAACAAAUACUAAGAGCAACUGAACAACGGACAGUAGCCGGACAUUUAAGCACUCAAAGAUUUUUAGAUUCGAUAUUAACAACGACACAAAAACAACAACUUACAAAACAAAUUAAUCAAAAAUUGCAUACAAACAAAACAAAAACGAAAACUAAAACAACUAACGAAACGCAAAGCAAUAUUAGCCAGGUAUUGGGAACGGUUCGACAGGAGGGUUUUCCGAAUGCCGAACCGCUUCCGUCACCCCAUCCCUCAUAUUAAACCCUUGUAGAAAGCAUCCAUCACGUUAAUACAUAAAUACAUACAUAUAGGUAACCCCCCAUUAGUUCAUUCCGAUCUCAUUUAAGGCUAGAAGAGCAUUUGCAGAGGUGGAAAUUUCUGAAUUUAUUGGGCUGACUUUUCAUUCAUUUAUUCCCCCCAAGGAUUUCCCCGCUCAAUUCAUAUCCAACGAGCAUACAUUUUAGUCAAUUAGCAUUCCAAGACCCAGACCGACACCCGGCAGGAGAAACAUGGGAGAAGACAAUUAUUUAUUAUAGAAAAUACUCACGAUAGAAGUGAACAUCUAGUCGCUGUACAACAGCAAAAAAAAACCACGAAAAAUCUAUCAUUUAUAAUCAAAUGAACGAACCAAAGCCAGGUCCCAGUAAACAAUUUCCCAGUUUUUCGAACCCAGUUAUGCAAUUAAAGAACAUUGCAUUCCGUUAGAGGCCCAAUUUAGGAGUAGGACAGCCAGCGAAAAAGACCAAAGAAUCGUAUCGUAAGAGCGCAGAGCCCCUCUGAAGAACAGAAUAACGAAUAUACGAGUAUAAAUAUCGAGUGUGAUCUAGUCUCAAGCAUUUAACAGUACACUUCGUCCAUGCGUGAAUAAUACUUUGCACUUUUCGACAACUUAACCGACCUAGCACGAUGAUAUUACUUAACCCUUAACUCAAGAUACGUUUCAUUCCAUUCAAUCAUUCCAUCAUUUAAUCAUUCAUUCAUAUACUCAUACCCACAACAAGCUCACAAGCCCCAACAAACACAUUCCACACACACAAACACCCCUAAGAAAAGAUAACAAAUCGCUGCACAAAUUCUGUAAAUAUUAGAACUUACUUCAUAUACAUUAUAUACAUUAUACAUACACACACACACACAUUAUAUACUCAACUGAAAUCAGCUUCAGCAACCGAUCUCAAUGAUGAAGUGGAGGGGAAGAACGAACGAAGUGCAACGAACAUUUUGUAGCCAUAGUUGUAGCCAAGUUUAGAGCGACCCAAAAAAACCAAAAGAAAGGAAACCAAAGUUGUUGGUACACAGAGAGACAGAGGUGGAUGAUAGAAAUCUAUAUACAUACAUCUAGAAUACGUAUGUAGUUGCGUAAUAUUUACAAAGCAUAUACAUACAUAUACACUUAUAUAUACAUACAUAUAUAGGGUAUAGUAUUCAGAUAUGUACGCGUAAGUUAACCUAGUACAUAAUCACGAAAUUAUUUUUAUACUGUUGAUUGGAAGAGGAGUAAUCAGGAGGAGGAGGAGCAGGAGCAGGAGUAGGAGGGAGAUGCGAGAGGCGGCAGCGAGUCCCCUUUUAAGCAAUAAUAUUAAUCGAAUCGAAUCGAAAUCGAAAUCGGCUAAAGUACCAAAGCAAUACUCAAAAAAACAAACAAACCCCAAUGCAAAGAAAGGCAAAACAAACUACAAUUAUUUCAAUUAAAAAUUACAAUUAACUAUAUUUAAUAUAUACCUAGUUAUAUAGGAAUAGUCACAUAUUAUUUACCAUCUAUUAUUUCUCGUAAUCGAUGAAAAUUGAAUUGCAAAAAACGAUGGAUGGAUGAUGGAAACAAUAUAAUGAAUAUUUAUGAAAUUUGCAUUAUGAGAAAUGUUGAAUUAAAAUUGAAUUGAAGUCCGGCAAUAAUAUUAAAUUUUAAAAAUUUUGUAUAACAAUUGUAUAGAGCGCGUGAGUCACGUGAGGGGCACGACUAGAAAGCUAGAAAAAAGAGCAAAGAAAAGCAAUAACUUAACUUAACAAAUGAGAGUUAAUCGAUUAUUAGUAUUAGAACGUAAACUGUAAGGUUGAAACUAUCUACAAUUAGCAAUCGCAGCACACACACACACCCACACACACACACAUGUACUAUAAACGAAAAGGUUAACCCAAAAAUAUAUAUAAAGUUUAAAAAUAUACAAUUUACAUAUUAAAUGCUUACACUUUACAUGCAAAAACAUUGUUUUUCAUUUAUAAACUUAUUCUCAUUAUGCUUUGAACAAAUAUUUUCUCUCAUUUUAACGAUUCUGGACUCUGUGUGUAUUUGUUUCUUGUGCAUUUUGAUUAUUUCUUCAACAAUUAUUGUGCUGAGUGAUUUUAGAUGGAAAUACAAAUUACAGCCAGCCGUAAGAAGAUGAAAGGUUGAGAGAUGAACCCAAAGCAAUUCGAAUAUUGUGAUAGCCCACACACAUACACACACACACACACAUCCAAACACACACACGAGAUUCAUUAAUUUUGCUCAAAGGAUAUUGGAAGAUAACGAGAAAUCAAAUUCAUAUUGAGAUCCAGAAAACUAUACAUAGCAUAACGUGUAUCGAAAAGCAAUAAAACGUAGUGGUAAAAGAUAUACAUAAAUAGAGUAUAACCAGGGGGGAGGGAGUGGCAGAGGAAUAUUUUGAGAUUUUUAACCAAUAGUAAAUAGAAUUACCCCAGCCCAGGCAUAUACAUACACACAUAAAUACAGAAUAUAUUUCUUUUAUUUGGAAAAGCUUUAAUCCAAAAUUUGGUUAUCGACGUGGAAGCGUUUCAGUUUGUCCAAUCACGCACACACACACAUGUUAUGGGUGUUCUCUCCAGGAUCAUGACGUACUGUUAUACAAAAGGAAAUUGUUAAAGUUGAUACAUUUUUUUUUUUUAGCAUAGUAUUUAGCACACACACACACACAAACACAACACACAGCUGUACAUACUCGAACGAAAUGGUAAUCGUAAUCGCAAUCGGAACGGGAACGAGAACGCAACCUGGAAAUGCAAUUGUUGAAAUGGUUCAGUAUUUGUGGCAUUAGGUUCAUGAUCCAUUGUUUCCAUUAUCUGUUGCUGUUGCUGACAACCCUUCGCCCCCAUUCCCACACCCACACACCAUUCCGCUUCUGCUAGUGCCAGUGCCAGUGCCACAGCAACACAAUGUUGUGCUGUCCUUUUUUGUGUCAAUGCAGUUUAACGAGCGCUCGUUAGGCGUACUCGAACAAAGGGGAAAUGUAAUAAAAAGAGGAACAGCACCAUGAAUGAGAGAGCACGAGAGAAUGGUAAUGGGCACAAAGAGAGGGGCAGAGGAGCGGCGAGUAGCGGUGCCAUGCCAACACUGGCUGGCUGGCUGGUCCACUGCGUCAGUCAGCACGUGGCGUGGCCCACAGAGUCCACAGUCCACAACUCAUUCCACACAGAAGCGAAGAAGCGAAGGGCGGCGGGUGGUGCGAGCUAACGUUAGGGUGAUGCAGCGAGCAUUUGAUUCGAAAAUUUAAUUUGCAUUCCACGUGAUUUAUUUAUUUUUUAUAUCCAACACACGUACACACACUCACACACACAACAAGCAAUGUAUAAAUAAUUGGGCAACCAAAACAAACAAUGAUUAACUAUUAGCAAAAGCAAAAGCAAAAUUAAUAAGACUUGGCACGUUAACACUAAUAAUUCAAGAAUUGAACAUAAACUAAUAACGAAAUUCGAAAAGAAAGUAAUUGAGAAAUCAACAAAAAACAACCAAAAGCAGAAACAACGAAUAAACAGCAAAAGAACAAAAAUGAAAGACUUAACACUUUGAAUAUAUAUUAUUGUAGUAUAUAUUAUGAAUCGAAAAUGGAGAGCAAUAUGAGGAAGCAACAAACUUAUUUACAGCUAUUGUAUAUGGUAUAUAAUCAUAGAGAAGAAUUAACGAUAAAAAGCAAUACAACAGAAACAGCAACAAAAGCAAAAGCAAAAGCAAGAGCAACAGCAGAAGCAAUAGAGCAUUAAGGUAACUCAAAAGUAUUAAAUCGCAUGUAUCUAUGAGUAAAUAUUUGGAAUUCGUUAUAUUAUUGCGAUAAGUAAGCGAAAACCCCAAACAUUUAUGGCACUAUACACUAUAGCAUAAUAAAGAAUCGAUAUAUAUAUAUUGAUAUAUACCUAGUUUACAGAGAAAAACGAACGGAAAACUGCUAGAGAGCAAACCAAAAAAAAAAGAAGAGCAGAAGCGAAAAAUUAAACAAGUACUAAGAAUUAAUUAAAAGCCGUAGGGAUUUUGGAUUUAGCUGGCAUAUGAUGAAUUGAACGAUUUAACGAUUAUUAGUUAUCGAUAUACAGAUACAUACAUAUAUAUUAACGGUAGAGUUGUUUUUUGCAUAUAUUGUUAUCGCAACUUUUGUGCUGCUUGACGAGACCAAUUGAUGUACUUUAUACAACGAAAAACGAAAAGGAAAAAUGAAAACGAAAACGAAAACCCAAAAAACCG